CAAAAUCAGUUGUGAAAUUUCGAACAAAAAAUUAGCUCUUUUUCGAAUAGUACUUUGCUUUUGCAUAACCGUAAUAACGGUCUGACCCUCCUCAAUAUCCUUAAACAAAUCUCUCUCUCCAUCUCCUCUUCAAACCCUAACCAUUAUCUCUGAAAUUUGAUUUAUCACACUUGAUGUUUCCAUAUCCCAUUUAGUGGUUUGACUUAAGCUUACCAUAGAAUUCUAACACUCCAAUAUGAUGUCAAUGUAAUUGAUGAUUCUACAAAAUGUUUGAUUGCGGUUACAAGUCCCGGUACAUUGGUGGCCAGAGGGAGAAAUUUGUAAGGUUGGAUGACCUUGAUUCUAUGUUGUCAACGCCUUCUGGUGCUGUUGGAAAGAAGCGAGCCAUAUUUAAUUUAGAGGGGCUAAACCUUACUGGUCGUGCAAAGAAAAAUUCAUCAAAAUCCUUUAGGUAUGGAAUGAAAGUGGGAUCAGAUGGACUAAAGACAAUUGGGCGAUCACUCAGGUCUGGCGUCACCCGGGCAGUGUUCCCAGAAGAUCUUAAAGUAUCUGAGAAAAAAAUAUUUGACCCUCAAGAUAAAUCCCUCUUGUUAUGGAAUAGGCUUUUUGUCAUAUCUUGUAUUCUUGCAGUUUCUAUUGAUCCAUUGUUUUUCUAUCUUCCUGUCUUCAAUCAUGCAUCAAAUUGCCUUGGUAUGGAUACAAAGUUGGCAGUCACAACAACUACUCUGCGGACAAUUCUUGAUUCUUUCUAUCUUAUUCGUAUGGCUCUUCAGUUCCGCACAGCGUAUAUUUCACCAUCUUCUCAGGUUUUUGGACGAGGUGAACUUGUGAUAGAUCCUACACAGAUAGCCAAGCGAUAUCUACAACAUUAUUUCAUUGUAGAUUUACUGUCUGUGCUUCCUCUACCUCAGAUUGUAGUGUGGAAAUUCCUCCAGAGAUCAAAGGGCUCAGAAGUAUUGGCUACAAAACAAGCAUUACUACAUAUUGUCUUGUUUCAAUAUGUUCCAAGAUUUGCCCGCUUUUUUCCUUUGAAUGCAGAACUUAAAAAGACUGCGGGUUUUUUUGCUGAAAGUGCUUUGGCUGGUGCUGCAUACUAUUUGCUUUGGUAUAUGCUUUCCAGCCAUAUAACCGGGGCCUUUUGGUACUUAUUUGCUGUUGAGCGAAAUGACACUUGCUGGCGGCAAGCCUGUAAGGAUAGUGGAAAAUGUGACAUAAAUUACUUGUACUGUGGGAAUAAGCAUAUGGAAGGUUACAGUAAUUGGGAAAAGAUCAGCAAGGGUGUUCUUGGUAGUCGUUGCUCUAUUGUUGAUGAAGAUUCACAAUUCAAUUAUGGAAUUUACACAAAUGCUAUAUCAUCUGGUAUUGUUGCAUCUAGGACUUUUUUCUCUAAAUUUUGCUACUGUUUAUGGUGGGGCCUGCAAAAUUUGAGUACACUUGGUCAAGGGCUUGAAACCAGUACCUACCCUGGAGAGGUUCUGUUUUCCAUUCUAAUAGCAAUUUCUGGGCUCCUACUCUUUGCACUUCUGAUUGGAAAUAUGCAGACAUACCUCCAGUCUCUUACAGUUCGUGUUGAAGAGAUGAGAAUCAAAAGGCGUGAUUCUGAACAGUGGAUGCAUCAUCGCUUACUUCCACAGGAUCUGAGGGAAAGAGUUAGACGUUAUGACCAGUAUAAGUGGUUAGAAACACGAGGAGUAGAUGAAGAGAGCUUGGUCCAGAGUUUACCAAAAGAUCUCAGGAGGGAUAUCAAACGACAUCUUUGUUUGAAUUUGGUGAGAAGGGUUCCUUUGUUUGCAAAUAUGGAUGAGAGGUUACUUGAUGCCAUCUGUGAGAGAUUGAAGCCCAGUUUAUACACCGAGAGAACCUACAUUGUUCGGGAAGGGGACCCAGUGGAUGAGAUGCUCUUUAUCAUUCGUGGGCGCCUGGAGAGUGUCACUACAGAUGGUGGAAGGAGUGGAUUUUUCAACCGAGGUCUACUGAAAGAAGGGGACUUCUGUGGAGAGGAGCUUCUAACUUGGGCACUGGACCCUAAAGCUGGUUCCAACUUACCAUCAUCAACUCGGACAGUGAAGGCUUUAACUGAGGUGGAAGCUUUUGCCUUGGAAGCAGAAGAGUUGAAGUUUGUUGCCAGUCAGUUUAGGCGCCUUCAUAGUAGGCAAGUUCAGCACACCUUCCGCUUCUAUUCACAGCAGUGGAGGACCUGGGCUGCCUGCUUUAUCCAGGCUGCUUGGCGACGGAAUCUCAAGAGGAAAGUUGCAGAACGUCAUCGUCAAGAAGAGGCAGAAGAAGAAGAGGAGGAGGAAGCAUUAGACUAUGGUAAAGAAUAUGAUGAUGUAAGGGCAUUAGUUUCUCGAAGUGAUAGUACAUCUAGGCUUGGUGCAACUAUCUUAGCAUCCCGAUUUGCAGCUAAUGCCCUUCGUGGUCAUAGGCUUCGGAACCCAAGUGCUGGAGGCUUGGUGAAACUGCAGAAGCCCCCGGAACCUGAUUUCACAAAUUAUGAUUCAGAGAACUAGUUUUUUUAUUUUAGAUGUUGAAAACCAAGGAGCUGAUGCUGCUAGCUCUUGUUGUAUACUACGGUCAUUGCUCAUUCCCAGUUGCAAAACAGUAUUCUUCAACUUAUUCUAGGUGAUGACAAAGAGUGAAAUUUUUUUCUGAAAGGCGGAUUGGUGCAGGUCUCUGUAUGGUCUGAGUGGCAGACCAUUCACUCUCUUCUUCUUCUUGAUGGCCCAUUAGACUCAAUGGUCCUUUCCUGGCAAAGGUUGGACUACGUAUAAAAGGCUUUUUACCAUGUAAAGAGACUUAUUGCAAAGCAUGGCUAGAAGGAUAGGACCAACACCUUGUCUUUGCCAUGACUUUCAUGUGUUGUGUUUAUUUGUUUUGUAAAAAGUAUCUCAAAAUUUGAAUGCAAGAAAUUUGUGACAUCAAAAAGCUGCUCUACACGAGUUAGUUGAAAGUUUCAA